AUGCUCCAGGAGAAGGUCCUGGCUGGGACAGACGAAGCCGUGACCGCGGCCCCGCCCGCCGGACUUCCUGAGCUCGUUCCCGAGACUUCACACCUGGGCCUGGCUGCAGAGGUCAGCACCACACACAGCAAUGAGCCCGACCAGAACAUCAAGAACAUCAAGGUGUUCCUGCAGGAUCGGGAGCUGUGGAAGAAAUUCCACGAGGCAGGGACAGAGAUGAUCAUCACAAAAGCUGGGAGGAGGCUGUUCCCCAGCUACAAGGUGAAGGUGACAGGGAUGGACCCCAAAACCAAGUACAUCCUGUUAAUUGACAUCAUCCCGGCAGACGACCACCGUUACAAGUUCUGUGACAACAAAUGGAUGGCGGCAGGCAAGGCGGAGCCAGCCAUGCCUGGCCGGCUGUACGUCCACCCAGACUCCCCCGCCACCGGGGCUCACUGGAUGCGGCAGCUGGUCUCCUUCCAGAAGCUGAAACUCACCAACAACCACCUGGACCCUUUUGGACACAUCAUCCUCAACUCCAUGCACAAGUUCCAGCCGAGGCUGCACAUCGUCAGGGCCGAUGAGAACAACACCUUUGGCUCCAAAAACAACGCCUUCUGCACCCACAUCUUCCACGAGACUGCCUUCAUCUCUGUGACGUCCUACCAGAACCACAAGAUCACACAGCUGAAGAUCGAGAACAACCCCUUUGCCAAGGGCUUCCGGGGGAGUGACGAUGGGGAACUGCGCGUGUCACGUUUUCAGGGGAAAGAUUACCCAGUGGUGUCCAAGAACAUGAUCAGACCGAAGGCAGUCCCCUCACACAGACACCUGCCAGGGAAGCUGGGCACAGGGAUGCUGUCUGGCCACCUGCAGACCCUACCUCACUAUCCGUAUGAGAGCGGUGGUCCCUUGCCAAAUCCUGACCCCCAGGAAACUCCCGAAAACCACUUCCCCCCCAGCCAAGAGCCAGGCCUGCUUUAUCACUAUUGCAAACACAGAGAUGGUGCCAGACACUUGGAGCUGGGGUGCAAACGGCCAUACCUGGACACAGCGCCCCCCUCUGUCUCGGAGGAGCGUUACUUCCGCUCCCCUCCCUCUUACGAUCCGCCACUGCUGUCCCACCCGUACUGCGGCGAGGCGCUGAGCUCCCGGGAGGCCUGCAUGUACAGGGGGGCGGAGGCGGAGGCCGGGGGCGGGGCCACCGAUGACCUGCCGGCCCCCUCCCUGAACUGCAACGUGUGGGCAUCCGUGCAGCCCUGCCCCAGGUACCACGUGCAGGCGGUGGAGGCCGUGCCCUACCAGCCUUUCACCGCACACUUCGCCAGCUCUGCCACCGCCUCCGCCGCCUCCAUGAUGCCCCACCACGCCGCCCCUGCCCAGUCCCCCGGCCGCCCCGUCUACUGCCCCUCAGCCACACAGAGAGGUCCGCCCCCGGCCCCGCCCUCACCGCCUGUCCACAGCUUGCGGGACAGGGGUGUCCCUCCCUCUCUCUACGCCAGGAAUCCUGGAUCACCUCCGCUGGCCCACAGGGACUUUUCAGCGAUCGCUCCCCAAAACCCCCCAUCAGUGCGGGACCCCCACUAUCAGUAUCAGAUGGGGCUGAGCUGCCCGGGGGCCUGUUGGAGUGACAGUUAA